AUGGGAUGCAUACCUUCGAAAGCAGUUACUCGAUCAUUGAGCUUUCAAGAAGAGUUGAAUCGUGGAUUCCAAAGAACAUCCCACAAUGCCAAUGACCAGUUUCUUGCCUUUGUUUACUCUGCACACACUACAAAUGAAGUUAAAAACAGAGAUCCCAAAGCUGCUGUAGAGACUGCUGAAAUUGCCAAAAGAAAAGCAGAUGCUGAAAACUCAUUACUGCCCCAAGAUGCUGUUCGAAUGAAUCAUUUUGAGAGAUUGUCAAAGUCGAAAAGCUGUCAGAUGAUACCGGAUAAAGAAUUUUCCAUGCAAGAUCCUCAGAAUGAGGGGCUCAGCGAAAAUAAAUUAGAUUGGAGAGAUAAGAACACCGGAGGCUCUAGAAGCUUUCACACGGUUGAGGAAUAUGAUGCCUUGAUAAAGAGAAUUUAUAUGUCCAGCACAAGAGAUGGAGAAUCCUUUCAAGAUAAUGAGUCAUUACUGGAUGAGAAUGUACACACAUUAAAAUCUAUGGAUGAAGACUGCAAUGAUGGCAACAAUCAUAGAAAUGCUGAAGAUUUUAUGAAGAACAAAUCUAACAUUAAUGAAGGACCCUCAGAGCACACGAGUUCCAGUUUGAAAAAAUCAGAUGAUUUCGAGAAUUUUGUUCGAGAAGGGGCUCUGCGUGAGACAGGUUGGAAAAGGAAGGCUGUUGGACAAGGACUCAAAUCACCUGAUGUGUCCCCUAUCGAGUUUCCGGCCAUUGCAAGGCAUAAGCAAUGGUUUCAUGUAGAUGGGCAAGUUUAUUCUCCCGGAACUUAUGUUACUCCAAAAUUUGGCAGCUAUAACAAGGUAAAUCCUGUGAGAAGGGAAGAUGGAAAUGAUUCAGUAUUUAGUCCAGAAGCAGUGGCUGCUUUUGAAGUGUGUAUGCAGCAGCUAGACGCAGAAGAAGAAAGCAUUUUAAGCUAUAUUGAUGGGUAUCUGCAGGGUAAUAAUAAAUUGGAGAACCAAAUAGAAGAAGACUGCAAGAUUAAAUUUAUGAACAAGUAA